AUGGAUUCCGUGGUGAUGAACCCGGUGUGGCUCAACAUUGCCCAUGAGCUAGCACUUUACCUAUCUUUUACUGUGCCAACUGCCUUUCUCAUUAUAAAAACUGAAAGGUCGUCCUUUGUUCGACGAGCCUGGACACCAUGCCUUCUCUACAUUCUGUACCAAUUCUCUGUUCGGGUGCCGUCUCUGACGACGAGCCAAUUUCUGAAGGGCGUGGCAGCGGGUCAAGCAACCGUGGGUGCUCUGCAAUGUCUCAAUCUUCUCUUGAUCACGAACCUGGAUCAAACUGAUCUGCUACGGGCAAACUUGUACAGUCCGUCUGCAGGUCUGCUUGCUCGCCUUUCUCAUACAUGGGCAUUGCUGCUUAACUUCCGCGGAAUCGGUACGACCUGGGAGGUCAGGAAUGUCCCCCAACAUGCAGCUUAUCUUCUACCAAAUGGCAAGGAUCAAACACUGAGCCGCAAGCGUUAUGUCUUCCGGGAAAUUGCCAUCAUCAUAUGGCAGUACCUGCUCCUUGAUUUCAUUUACGAGUCCACCAAGAACACGCCCCCCGAAGACUUGGCGCGCCUCUUCGGGCCCGGCUUGGAAUACAAGUACUUCGACGCAACGUUCGAACAGUGGACGGGGCGCUUUUUUGUGGGGAUUUUCUCCUGGCUUGUGCCUUCGCGCGUCUGUCUUAACAUUACUUCUCGCAUUUACUUCCUCAUCUUGGUAGUCCUAGGCAUUUCUACCCCAGAAUCUUGUCGACCGGGCUUCGGCAGGUUGCGGGAUGUGUGCACUAUGCGUGGAACAUGGGGCAAGUUUUGGCAUCAAUCCUUCCGUUGGCCACUUACCUCUGUCGGCAAUUAUAUCGCCAGAGAUAUCCUCGGCCUUCGCCGUCCCUCGCUCUUGGAACGCUAUACCAACAUCUUCUUCACAUUUUUCACAUCGGGCGUAUUGCACCUUGCCUGUGAUGCUAUUCUAGACGUUCCGCCGUCUACGUCCGGUGCCAUGCAGUUCUUCUGCUCGUUCCCGCUUGCUAUCAUGAUCGAGGACGGGGUUCAGGAAGUUUGGCGAAGAGUGACAGGCCAGAACAAGGAUGAGGAUCGCGUAAUGCCGAUCUGGCAGAGGCUCCUCGGGUUUGUUUGGGUGGGUCUCUGGAUGUGUGUUACAUCCCCAUGGUACUUAUAUCCGGCUGCGCGGAAACAGCCGAAGAAUAGCUGGAUGGUGCCAGUUAGUGUCGUGGGGGAAAUUGGCCUAGGGACUGCGCAAAAGAUUCUGCUGGGUUAUGGCUUAUUCGUGUACUGGAUGGUUGGUGGGGAGAUCUGA